GCAGAGCGUCUGAACAUCCAGAUCGUGUCUGCCCAGAGCCGCACUGGCCUGCUCACGGCACAGGAGGCCCAGCGUGUCCAGCAGUUACAUGAGGAGAACCGGCAGUUCCUGCGCAUCCCACGGAGGCCACAUUGGGAUAGGACAACCAGUGCAGAGGACUUGAAGCAAGCUGAGAGGGAGAGCUUUCUCGAAUGGAGGCGACAGCUUGCCCACCUUGAGGAAGAAAAAAAGUUAAUUCUAACCCCAUUUGAGCGAAACUUGGAAUUUUGGCGGCAGCUUUGGAGAGUCAUUGAAAAAAGUGAUAUUGUAGUCCAGAUAGUGGAUGCUAGAAACCCCCUUCUGUUUAGAUGCCAAGACCUGGAAAGUUACGUUAAGGAAGUCAGCAAUGACAAGGAGAACAUGAUCCUGAUAAACAAAGCAGAUUUGCUGAGUGAGGAGCAGCGGGCUGCUUGGGCACAGUUCUUCGAGAGAGAGGGUGUUAAGGUGGUGUUCUGGUCAGCUUUGGCAGAGUGCAAACGGCUAUCCGGAGAAGCAAAGGAACUAGACACCGAAGACGUAGCAGAUGACCCGAGUGAUUCUGAGGACGAAAACUCCAGUCAGGAAGAUGACACAGCGCAGGAUAGCACCGAAAGCACGCCCGCAGGCAGUGCUCUGCAUGCUGUCAAUCAAGUUCUGGUUAGUGAUGAUGACAGUAGUGAUGAAUAUGAAGACUGUGAAGAUGAUGAAGAGGAGGCCUGGCAAACCUGUUCUGAAGAUGAAGGUGGGGACAAAGUAAACACAAUUGCCCCAGAGAGGAUGGAAAGCAGGACUGAUGGGGCUGCAGUGCAGCAUGAAGUGCCAGAGCAGAACAGGAGCAUCAGGAACUUCAGCCAUCUGGUGCAGAGAAAUGAGCUGCUGGACAUAUUCAAAACCAUGCACACUGGAACAAGGGUGAAGGAUGGGGAAGUAACGGUUGGGUUGGUAGGUUACCCUAAUGUUGGCAAAAGUUCGACCAUCAACACAAUCCUUGGGAAUAAGAAGGUGUCAGUGUCUGCUACACCAGGCCGUACGAAACACUUUCAGACCCUGUAUGUGGAACCUGGCCUGUGCCUAUGUGAUUGCCCUGGUCUGGUGAUGCCAUCUUUCAUCUCUACCAAGGCGGAAAUGAUUUGUUCUGGAAUUCUGCCUAUAGACCAGAUGAGGGACCAUGUCCCACCCAUUUCUCUAGUUUGUCAGCAUAUCCCACGAAACAUUUUGGAAGCAACCUAUGGAAUAAAUAUCAUAAGGCCAAGGGAAGAUGAGGAUCCAGAUCGAAAGCCAACAGCUGAAGAGCUCCUAACAGCGUACGGAUAUAUGAGAGGCUUUAUGACAGCUCAUGGACAGCCAGACCAGCCGAGAUCAGCUCGAUACGUGUUAAAAGACUAUGUCAGUGGGAAGCUGUUAUAUUGCCAUCCACCUCCUGACGUUGACCCAAAUGAUUUCCAGCACCAGCAUCAGCGAUGCCCAGAGAGCAGAACUGUGCAGGCCGGGGGACUGGUGAAGCCUGAGAAGAAUACCAAAGCAAAACAGAUUGAAAAUGUGGUGGACAAAACAUUUUUCCACCAGGAGAACGUUCGUGCCCUGAUGAAAGGGGUCCGGGCUGCAAUGGGAUACCGGCCCGGCAGCGGCCUCAUGCCUGUGACUACGCCCAAUCCUGGGAAUGUGGUAGGAAAGCCCUGGAAAAAACAUGGAAACAGGAACAAGAAAGAGAAAAUUCGCAGGAUCACUAAGCACCUGGAGGCUUAG